AUGGAAGACUCACCACCAUCAACCUCAUCAACAUCAACAACCGACCAACAACAACAACAACAACAACAACAACAACCACUGAACAAGAACAACAACAACCUCGACCCAACACUCAUCGAAGCAAUCAACAACGGAACCAUCAGAGACAAACAGAUCCUACUAGCAGCCGAAACUGAGAUGGGAAGAUUCCUAUCAACUGAUCUACAACGACAGCCACUCAGCUCAUCACUCUCAAACUCACUAAACUCAUACCAACGUAUGCUCGUCCAUCGACUAGGUGACUCAUUCGGAAUCAAACGCACCCUCGAAUCAGGCCAGAUGUAUCUCGAACGCACUGCCACUUCAGCCUCGUAA